AUGGCGGCACCUCCGAACGGCGCGCAAGCGCAGAUACAGCCUUGCAGGUACAAGACUGGCAAGACCUUGGGUGCGGGCAGUUACUCGGUGGUCAAGGAGUGCGUCCACAUCGACACUGGACGAUACUAUGCGGCGAAGGUGAUCAACAAGCGCCUGAUGGCGGGAAGGGAACAUAUGGUCCGCAACGAGAUUGCCGUGCUUAAGAGGGUCUCAAUGGGUCACCAGAAUAUCCUCACGCUGGUGGACUACUUUGAGACCAUGAACAACCUGUACCUUGUCACCGAUCUUGCUCUUGGUGGAGAGCUCUUCGACCGCAUUUGCCGCAAGGGCAGCUACUACGAGUCCGAUGCCGCAGACCUCAUCCGUGCCACUCUCUCAGCCGUCGCAUACCUGCACGACCACGGCAUUGUCCACCGUGACCUGAAGCCCGAGAACCUGCUCUUCCGCACGCCUGAGGAUAAUGCAGACCUUCUGAUUGCCGAUUUCGGAUUGAGUAGGAUCAUGGAUGAGGAGCAGUUCCACGUGCUGACCACCACCUGCGGCACGCCUGGCUACAUGGCACCUGAGAUCUUCAAGAAGACUGGUCACGGAAAGCCUGUCGACAUCUGGGCCAUCGGUGUGAUCACCUACUUCCUCCUCUGCGGUUACACGCCGUUCGACCGCGACUCCAACCUCGAGGAGAUGCAGGCCAUCCUGGUGGCCGACUACUCGUUCACGCCGCUCGAGUACUGGCGCGGCGUGUCGCAGACGGCGCGCGAGUUCAUCAAGCGUUGCCUGACCAUCGACCCCACCAAGCGCAUGACGUCUCACGAGGCCCUGUCGCACCCGUGGAUCGCCGACCCCACGACCAACACGCCCCAGCCCGGCGGCGGCAAGGAGGAUUUGCUGCCGACGGUCAAGAAGAACUUCAACGCCCGCCGCACGCUGCACGCCGCCAUCGACACCAUCCGCGCCAUCAACCAGCUGCGCGCCGGCGGCGGCGCCGCGGCCGUCAUGGACGGCGCCCGCAGCGGCGAGCCCGGUCGUGAUCAGGGUCCCGGCGCCGGAAACAUCCCGCGCCCCGUCGAGGGCGAGGAGGAAGCCAUGGACAUCGAUGGCCGCGCCGACGGCCGCGGGCAGACGGAGGAGAUGAUCAGGGCGCAGGAGCAGCGUAUCAGGGAGACGCAGCAGGGCAUGUGGGCGGCGCAGCGGUGA